AGAGCAGUCGAUCGAUAUGGUCGUGUCAGCUUCGCGAAAAUUAAACGACUUCAUUCUAGAUAACUUUUCUUUAUGAUAAAAAAGUAUUCAAGUUCCUGGCCAUGAAGAAAAGAUUGAGAGCUCGUAAAGCGAAUCGGAAUGCAACUGACCCUGAGAACUUUUCACAUGAGUGCUUUAACUAAUUGUCUUCUGUCUUCUAACGAGCGAUGAAUAUCUACCGAUUUCAGUAAUACGAACUUGAUGAAGUAUUAUUCAUACUUUUGGAAAACGUCUCCAUGAAACCUAUACAAAAGUAUAUAGCAAAAAUUGGAAUGAAAAGCAGAAAGCGUGAAACAGUAGGAAACACAAUGUGUGUAUUGUAUUUCGAGACAGGAAUUAUAUGAAAGAAAGCGAAGACAGAUACUAUAAUAAUAUUAUGAUUAGGUAUACGCAAAACAGAUCUGGUAGCCAAAAAAAUAUUAAUGCUGUUUAUCAAACUGAAAAUCGAGUUGUUUAUGGAUUCCGUGAGAACAAGAGCGCAGAGGAUCGUGAAGACAUUCCUGAGCGCACAAGCGGUUCACACUUCACCAGGGCGUCGUGUAACGCGGAUACGUCCCUAGUUACGGAAAAUCCGUGCACGCCACGUUGACGCGCGAUUGGUGGAUGUGUGUAAUUCCCGGGGAAGAACCGGAGAUCAUCGUCAAGGUUAUAUGCCGUUGACGCACUCCGGAAUUAAAGGCAGUUGAUUACGCGCGUCUGAUUUAACGCCAAUUGGUAGUAAUACAGACAUUUUAAGUCCAUUUAGUAGUUCUGGAUCUCAGGGAACUAUGAGCAAUAUGUCACCCAUGUCGACGUCGCCUCUGCACAUUACAGAUGAUUUUAUUAAUCUAACAAAUGCAGAAACGAUAUUUGGUAUGGAAGCAUCCCUCAGUAUCUUGGUGCAGCCAGUGGAGAAAUUCAGAUUUCGAUACAAAUCUGAAAUGGUGGGGACACAUGGAAGCCUGAACGGUCUACAUACCACUACUGGACGUAAACGAAGUAGAAAUAGCGUACCCACGGUCCAGUUACACAAUUUUUUGGAUAAAGCGAUAAUACGUUGCACAUUGGUCACAGCCGAUGAAGACUUUAGAAUACCACAUGCUCAUAAAUUAGUGAGGCGAGUGGGCAAUGACGAUAUAGUGGAACCACAUUAUAUAACAGUUUCAGCUGAAAAUGAUUUUACAGCCGCAUUCAAUUCUAUGGGUAUAAUACAUACGGCAAGAAGAAACGUCAAGGACGAAUUAAUACAAAAACUGCACUAUGAAACUUUGGAGGAACGCAAACGUUCCAAUGUAAACGCUACUCUCAGUGUUCGUGAUGAAGCACAGAUUAAAGCUGACGCGGAUAACUACCAAAAAUUUAUGAACCUAAAUAGUGUUGCCCUUUGUUUUCAAGGAUUUAUCAAAGAUGAAUAUUCUAUUUUGAGACCGAUUACAGCACCGGUUUAUAGUAAUCCAAUCAAUAAUUUGAAAAGCGCAUUAACUGGAGAACUUAAAAUAUGCAGAAUAGAUAAACAUACUAGCAGCUGCGAAGGUGGCGAAGAGAUAUUCAUAUUUGUGGAGAAAGUUUCAAAAAAAAACAUAAAGAUAAAAUUUUUUGAGCUUGACGAUGAUGACAUUGAAAUCUGGAUUGAUUAUGGUCGUUUUUCGGAAUUGGACGUCCAUCAUCAGUAUGCCAUGGUAUUUCGAGCUCCACCGUUCAAGGAUCGAAAUAUUACUUCCCCAAAGGAAGUCUUCAUACAACUGGAACGUCCUUCAGAUGGAGCUUGUUCAGAACCAAUCAAAUUCACAUAUAAGCCAAGCGACCGCAUGAUAGGCAGGAAGAGGACGCGAGUCUCUCACUCAAAUAGCACGGAAUUGGCGCAAAUGACGUUUAGUAAUCCUACGCCUUCAACAAAUAUACCAUUAACGAAUAUGCAUUCAAGCAAUGACAGUGCCGACAUAUCUAAAGAAAUAAAGAAAAUGUUAGACGAUAGAUGUUCCUCUAGUGAAUUUCGCUCUUUUGUCGAUUGUAUGGAUUUGGAAGAGUACGCAAAAUUAUUAGACCAAGACGACGAUAAGUUAACAUAUGAUGGUGCGCCGAAUAAAAAAGACGAUAAAUUGUUUGCGAAAGAUGUUAUUAUCGAUACGAUAAAAAGUAUGAAAAUAAAGCCAAACGAAGCAAAAGAUAUUAUUAAAAAAUCGUUCAAAGACAGGACAACUUAUGGAGAUACGCCACUGCACUGUGCGCUUCGACAUGGACAAAAAGACAAUGUAAAGCGUAUUCUGAUGUUUAUGAGCACUCUAAAUACAAAUGCUGAAGAGUUGGUGAACAUUCGAAACAGUUCCGGAAAGACUCCUUUGCAUUAUGCUGCUUCGCAAGAUCAACCGGAAAUUACAGAAGCAUUACUCAUGCUUGGCGCAGAUCCAAAUAUUACAGAUCAUUAUGGACAAAUGCCACUACAUAAAGCUGUAAAGUUUCCGGAAGCAAACAGAAGCAUUGAUAUUUUAUUAUCUGAAAAAGACAUCAAUAUCGAAGCAAAUACGGAUUUAGGAUGGUCACCUCUGCAAUUAGCUGCCAAAGCGGGUUCACAUUACGCGGUGCGCUCCCUCGUUAGAGCUGGCGCAGACGUAAAUAACACUGACAUGACCUAUGGAAGAACUGCCUUGCAUAUAGCAGUCGAAGGAAGCCACAAAGACAUUGUCGAAUUCCUGUUAAAAAACACCAACAUAGACGUAAACAAGAGGAACUUUAGCGGAAAUACGGCACUGCACAUCGCAAUAGUUACACCAGGCACGAAGGCCAAAGACAUAUGUGCCCUUCUACUGAAAUACGGCGCUGACCCACACAUAAGAAAUUAUAAUCGUGAAUCAUCCAAUACUGAGGAGCAACAAACAGAGGAUGUAAAACUGGAAGUGCAGUCAGAAGAUGAAAAUAUAGAAGAAUGCACCGGACAAUCAUCGUUUGACCUGGCGUCGAACAAACCAGACAUCUUACAACUCGUCUCUGGUCAAAGUGAUAUGUUAAUCGAGAGCACGCAAAUAAAAGAAGAAAAUAUAGAGGAUACACAUAAAGUUUGGUUAGACACAGAACAAGAAAAACAAUUAGCAAACAUUCUGGACGAGACAAAAGGAUGGAAAGAAUUGGCACAGCAUUUCAACUUCAAGUACUUAAUGAAUACCUUUAAGAACUCAUCCAGUGCGUCGUUACUCCUCUUGAAUUAUAUCGCUAUACAAACCAGUACGUCUCUCAGCGAUUUGCGAAACAUAAUGCAGGAUUUAGGCAUAGAAGAUGCUGUGAUAUACAUGGAUCAAAUUUUAUGUAUGAAGUGAGUCGCGCACUCUUAAAUCGUUCACAUAUUGAAUCGUUUUGUAUGUACAGUUUUUAAAAUUUGUUGUAUUAUUGACAUUGCAAAUUACAUUAUAAAGAUAUCAUUAUAAGAACUGUA